GCGCGGCCCCGGGGCUCCAGCGGUUGGGAAAGCAGGACGGAGCCCCCCCGCACUGCCCAGGCUGGCGCGGGAGGGACUCUGAGCGGCGGGCUGCUGCGCCCGGGGAGGCGGGCCCGAGCUCCAGCUGUUGGCGAGGGAGGAGCUGCGGGCGCGCCUCUGGCGGCGCGCCCGGGGAGCCCGGCGAGGGGCCGGCUCGGCGCGCCUCCCGCCUGCUGCCGCGGUUGUGCCCCGGGACCGGCGGCGGCAGCAGCAGCAGCAGCAGCAGCGGGCGGGCGGGCGCCACCAUGAGCGGGGCGGGCGCCACCAUGAGCGGGGCGGGCGCCACCAUGAGCCGGGACAGCUCGAGCCUGCACUGCCAGAGCCCGGACCUGCUGGAGCCACAGGAGAGCCCGGCCAUCAGCGCCGUCAUGUUCUCGGCCGGGCUGCUGGGCAACCUGACGGCGCUGGCGCUGCUGGCCCGGCGCCGGCUGGGGCGGCGCGGCCGGCCGCUCUCCCUCUUCCACGUGCUGGUGACCGUCCUGGUGCUCACCGACCUGCUGGGCACCUGCCUGGUCAGCCCCGUGGUGCUGGCCUCCUACGGCCGCAACCGCACGCUGACGGCGCUGGCCGAGGGCGGGCAGCUCUGCCACUACUUCGCCUUCGCCAUGAGCUUCUUCGGCCUGGCCACCAUGCUGGUGCUCUUCGCCAUGGCGCUGGAGCGCUGCCUGGCCCUGGGCCAGCCCUACCUCUACGAGCGCUUCGUGCGCCGCCGCUCGGCGCUGCUGCUGGCCCCGCCGGCCCUCUGCGCCUUCGCCGCCGCCUUCUGCGCCCUGCCGCUGCUGGGCUUCGGCCGCUACGAGCAGUACUGCCCGGGCACCUGGUGCUUCAUCCGCAUGAGCCCAGCGCCCGGCGAGGCUGGCGCCAGCCCCUGGGACGCCGCCUACUCGCUGCUCUACGCCUCGCUGCUGCUGCUGCUCAUCCUGGCCGUGCUGCUUUGCAACCUGAGCGUCAUCCGCAACCUGGUGGGCAUGCACCGCCGCGGGCAGACCUCCCGCCGCCUGGCCUCGCUGGAGCAGCCCGCCGGCCGCCGGAGGCUCUCCAUGUCCGAGGAGGUGGAUCACCUCAUCCUCCUGGCCAUCAUGACCAUCACCUUCAUCGUCUGCUCGCUGCCUUUCACGAUUCGGGCCUAUAUGAACAUGUUUAUGCAAAACGAAGACUAUAAGAAGGACCUUCUAGCGCUGAGGUUCUUAGCAAUUAAUCCAAUUAUUGACCCUUGGGUCUUUGUCAUCCUUAGACCUUCAGUUCUGAGGGUAAUCCGUUCUGUACUGUGCUGUCAGAUGUCCCUAAAGACCCAAGACAACAUGCAGACGACUACUGCUGCAGAGUCAAAAUCCAAUAAGCAGAUUGACCUUUGCGGGCAGUAGUCACAAGCAGCGUUCAGUGGAGACAUCUGGAAGAUCUUGCUGAAAUGGCUCCUCAGGGUAAUGAACAAACUUAGAAGUAUAAACAUGAUGGGAAGCUGGCCUUUUAGGUUACUAAACAAAUAUAUUUACUGUACAAUGGAUUGAGCUGCAGUCUGGCUGACAAGAGGCUGCAGGGUUUGUCAAAAAGCGAAAGAGAAGUCCAUCUAAAGUGAGCAUUUUCUAUUUAUGGGACAGCAUCCUAGAGGCUAAUCAAUAACUGGAUUUCUGUUGCCACUAAACAGGUACUUUCAUGUUGAACUGAGGACACGUGCCACACUCUAGUGUGUUUGAAACGCUAAAAAGCUAGUGGCUAUUUACUGUAAGUCCAGGAGACAAAUGUUUUCUCUAACACUAUGCCUAGUGACAGUUUGGUGGGGAGACACAGAAGAGUUAAUAAUAGAGCUUCGGCUUACUGAUUUGUUGCUAAACCCGCCAAGGCCUUAUUAGCUUCAUGGAGGCUUAACUAACCAUUUAUCUAACUACUGAAACUGAAGUCUUGAGAGCCCUGUGCAUUGGCCUGCUAAACCCAGGGUUGUGAGUUCAAUCCUUGAGGGGGCCAUUUAG